CAAAAAAUACGUAUAUCGAUAAACAGAAGGAAUCGGCGUCGCGUGGCUGCAUAUUAGCGAACAAAACAAUAUAAAUAUUAGCAAUUGUUUCGGUUUAUUAAGGAAAACGGUCCGGGACGGAUCCGAGGAAUCCAUGGCCACCGACACGGUGUCCAACGGAGAGAACUACGCGCAGCAUCUGUCCGGCGACGACGAGGUAAUAUGCCCCACAUGCGAAGUAAAGAUCAAGCGCAGUCAGGUGGCCGAUCACUGCCAGAUGGAGAUGGACCGCCUGCACAAUCCCCCAAGCGUUAGCAAUCCCGAGGUGGCUCCGGGCCCAGCAGUUGCCCAGUCGGGAUCGGGGGGCAGGCAGCCGUGGACCGUGUUUCAGCGAGUGCAGCGCAACCGGCAGGCCCGACAGCGCCAGCGCACAAGGAAGAGGCCCUCUUCGCCAGCGGCGCCACCACCUGCCGGAGCUGCAGCACAAGUGACAACAUCAGUUCCCACUGCAGCUCCCGCAGCGCCCACCAGUGCUGCUACACCAGAAACCAGUCAACUUGCCAAUUGUCCCGUCUGCAGUCGCAACUUUCCACAGACCGGCAUCCAGGAGCACGUGAACCAGUGCCUGCGCAACAGCCGAAGGAAUGGGAAGGCCAACGGAGAGCACUCCAGCGAUGAUUCCGAGGACAGCGACGAAUAUGAGGAGUACGAAUGGGCGGGCCAGAAGCGCAUCCGCGUGUCCACUCUCGUGCAGGGCGGCUACUCCGCAUUGGGACUCGGCCAGACGAUCAAGUACAAUGGCAGCCAACAGGCGCAGGACGACGAGGACGAGGAUCUCAACGUGGACGAGGACGAUACGCACAUCUAUGGGCCAACGCAGUACGGCGAGGGCGACGUAAUUCCAGUAACCAACGAGGAGAACCUUUCUGAGGUGGAUGUAACCAGCUAUGUGCGCCGGCUCAUCUCCUCCAGCGAUGGACCCAAGCCCAAUCAUUCCAGCGAAGCCACCGAAGCAGAAACUGCCUCUACGAACACAGCCAAGCAGGAGCCGACCUGCGAGGAGCCAUCCACAUCACGUUCAACACGAUCCGCCUCCCAGAACCAGCAGCAUGUCAUCGAGUCAUUAAAAGCCAAGCUGCGACUCUACGAGAAUCAGGCGCAGGGCAAGUACAAGUGCCUGAUCUGCCUCGAAGACUACAAGAAUCCCGCCAUCUCCGUCUCAUGCUGGCACGUCCACUGCGAACAGUGUUGGCUGAAGACACUCGGCGCGCGCAAGCUGUGCCCACAAUGCAAUUCGAUCACCACGCCAAAGGACCUGCGCCGAAUCUACCUGUAGUGUGGCAUGAACUCCAAUCAAACGAAUUGUUAUCCCAGCUUGCGCCACACUCCCGGCUUUGCGCCCUUUCGCGGCUGUAUUUGAUAGUCCUAUACAUAAUAUUUAUAAAGAUAACUAUGAUACGUGACAUUACAAUAAGCACUAACAUGUAACUAUUACAAUAAACCCCAGACAAGCAUCAGUAUCUGUUAUAUAUACGUUAAAGUAUAUGGGAGUUCGCGUAGAAACUAUUUCGUCAAAGCUUCGAAACACAUAAUUCAUUAAGAUGGAAAGGAUAUUAAAUAUAUGUUCAUUUCGAUUUUAAUUUUAUUUCCAAUAUUUGAAAUCUUAUUCCUAAUUCAAAAUGAAAACUGUAGAAACAUGAAUGUAUGAAUGUUUAUUUCUGUGAGUACAUUAAGAACAAAUACAAAUAUAAUUAAACAA